AUGCAUGCAUCUACAAUAAUUGCCGCAGCCACAAUAGCCAAACAAUACGGGAGCGGCACAGAUAAAGGGCACGGUGGUUACUCGAAGCAGAAGAGAAUAGCCAAACGGCAAUCACUAUUGACUAAAGUCAUGAGACCUAAAGAGCCUCCUCAUGACACUCCAGGCUACGGCUACGCGAGAAUUCGUGAUAAACAGUGUGACACCGGUAAUUACCAUUUUUUACGUAAGCGAGCAUCGUAUUCGAGUAAAGAUCUUAUCUAUGCAGCAUGUCAAAACUUGAUGGACUUGUUCUUUUUUCUGAGACUCGCAGCAUCUGUGUUGGGCUGUGGUAAGAGAAAGGUCUGGUUGGAUCCUAACGAGACCACCGAGCUCGCUCAGGCCAACUCCAGACAAGCCAUUAGAAAGUUGUUCAGAAAUGGUACCAUUGUCAAGAAGCCAGUGACUGUCCACUCUAGAUCUCACGCCAGAGCCUUGGCCGAGUCCAGAAGAAACGGUAGACACAUGGGUUACGGUAAGAGAAAGGGUACUGCCGAGGCUAGAAUGCCAUCUCAAGUCCUGUGGAUGAGAAGACUGAGAGUCUUGAGACGUCUCUUGGCCAAAUACAGAGCUGCUGGAAAGAUCGACAGACACCUCUACCACUCUUUGUACAAGGCUGCCAAGGGUAACACUUUCAAACACAAGAGAGCUUUGGUUGAGCACAUCAUUCAGGCCAAGGCUGAGGCCGCCAGAGAGAAGGUCCUGAAGGAGGAGGCAGAGGCUAGAAGAUUGAGAAACAGAGCCGCUAGAGAAAGAAGACAACAGAGAAUUUCUGAGAAGAGAGAGGGUCUUGUCAAGGAGGAGUAA